AUGAUCGUCGAAGCAACAAUGGGAACUAGUCUAGCUUUACAAGUAAAAUCGAAGGCCGCUAAGAUAUCACCGUUCAUUAUUUAUAUAUACAGGGCGACGGCCGCGGUCCGCCGUGAUUUGAGCGAGAAUAUGUACAGUGCAGACGCGGACCGCGCCGCGACUCUCGUGGGGACGUGGGGUAAUUUACAUGUCCAUAUUCGUCUAGAGAAGAACCCUGAAUGGCGUACGUGCGUUUAUAUUCCCACUCGAGUCGCGAAUACUCGUUGA